AUGGUGGCCGGCAAGCGCAGGGCUCUGCUGCGCAUCCCGCCCAGAGCACCCGAGCCACAGCAACGAUGGCUCGACGCUGCUCCCCGGCAGGCUUUGCUGCCUCGCGGAGAGGAGCGAGGAGGCGAGAAGCAGGCAGACGACGACGAGCGCGCCGGCGGGAGCCUGGGGCCCGCGGUGCGGGCGGGCAGGCGGAGGAAGGGGCCGGGCGGAGGCACAAGGGGGAACAACCACUACGAGACAGGCCAGGUCAGGGGCAGGAAGAGAAGAGCCGCGCGCGACGAGGCUGCGGAUCCUGCGGCGGCGACCCGAGCAGGGUGGCCGACCGGAUCGGCCCUCGCACGUGGCGGCAGUUUCGUUUCGCGGUUCGCACAACAAAACAUUGACGGAAUGUACUGGCAGCAGGUCGGGAAACCCGGCAACCCUGUGGCGAGGCACCACCAUCAUAAUCCAGACUAUACGAUGGGAGUCAGCAGCGUUGCCAUAAACAACGCAAACUAA